GGGCGAUGAAGGAGGGUUACCCUCCCCCGCGCUUGGUGGUGUUGCACAGCCGCAGUCGCCUUGGGCUGUACCACUGUAGAGAGCCGCGGGGGGAGGGGAGAAGUCACCUGCUCUGUGUGGUGGGCUUUCCCGCCUCCCGGGCAACGGCCGCCGCGGGAGGGCGGGUAAUGGCGUUCCUGUCGGCCGAGCUGCCGGCGGCAGCCGCCUCCCGCUUGCGGCGUCGGGGCCCUCCUGCGAGUGAGGCACCGGCUCUGGAAAGUGUUGACUCUUUAUAGACUUUUGCAGUAGAACAAGUAAACAAGGAGACUUCUACCUUUUUUAGUGCAGUGCAUUGUCACACGGAUCCAGCCAUGCCUGCGGACGGAAAAAGUGACAUGGAGAGGAUUGGCCUCUUCAGUGAAAUGGGCUAUAUUACCAUUGGAGAUAGAUAUGUAUCACAUUAUAUGCGCCCUUUUAAUGAAGCUGCAAGCAAGAACAGACAGAUGUUACCUGGGGGGACCAAAACAUUGUCAGCUCUUCAGGCAGGUUAUUUUGAGCCUCAGUUUGUGAGGAUUUUCGAUGGUGAAGCCUACUCAAAUCCUGUUCAGCUAAGGAGGCGCUAUAGAUUGGCAGAAUCAAAGAAAAACUUGGGCAGAGCUUUCCUUCCCAGUAAUGGAGACAAAUUGCCAUGUGGACUGGGCAGCUAUUAUGGAACCAUAGGAGGUCCAUAUGCAUACUUCAGUGCACAGCUGGAAGCCAAAGAAAAAUAUACUUCUCCUGGAAAGAAUUUUUAUACUAAUCCAGGAAAGAAAGGAACUGGAUAUGGAUAUGCAAAUGUUACCAUAGGUGAACAAUAUCCACAUGCACCUGAAGUGUAUGAAGCGGGAAGAACAGAUGCAAAGAAAGCACAAGAGGAGCAUCGGCGUUUGGUCAAAGGAGGGCCUUUCAAGUUAAAGCUCUAUCCCCAGGAGUAUUUUGACAUGAAUCCCUAUUUUAAUGACCAUCCUUUGCCACCAGUGAAGCAACAACCUCCAGGGAAGAAAAUUGCACCACCUUUUAAACCAAGUUCUCCUGCUAAAAAGCCAGGGGGCAUGAAAGGAGGCACAUUUGAUCCUUAUCCAAGCCAUUCUGCUGACCCGUAUGUAAUUAAAAAAUCUAAGGCAGUCACAACUAAUAAAGGGGGACGGAUUUUUCAUCCUCCUCCUGGACCAAAAAGCAGACCGAUUACAAGCAUAAUGACUUUAAAUGUCAUAAGAUCAUUAAAUGUAAUGAAUUACAAGACUGCACACUUGACAUCAUACUAGGUAGCAACAGUGAAAUAAAGGAUGUAGGACAGCUGAUGGAGUCUGCACUGAAGUUUUUCGUUACAUCUUUCUGCCUCUUCUCAUAAUUCUUCCUCUUCUAGUUUCUUUUGUAUUUCAGUAAUCUUUUCACUCCCUAACAAAACUGGAAUACUGGAAACUGAUUAAAAUGUAUGGAGCUUAAUUUGGAGAAAAUGAAACAAAAAACAAUCCUGUCUGUUAGAGAAGUGUACCUUGUGUUGAUUAAAGGUAGACCAGCAUUAUAUGUCAUCUAAAACAUAUGUAAACACAAGUUGAAUUCAAGUUAGGACUUCUUGCAGAAGUCACUGGUGAAAUGUUUGUGGGAUGUAUUAAAACGUUCAGCUAGAGGGUUAUAAGACUGUGAGUCUGAAACCUUAAGGACAGAACUCCAUCUGCUGUAAACUGUCACAAUUAAAUUUCUGUAGACCACUUAUAUUGUGUAAAGAUCUGGUGUUGUGAAUCUGGAAUUCAGCCAAGUAUCAAAAAAAGUAGACAGGAAAUUCCUUAUUGUGAAGCUUCAUAAAAAUCAAUAAGCUUCUUUUUAGGACGUAACAAAAAAAUUGAAGUGACU